AUGUCUGAAAUAAUUGACUUGCUACUUGCGACGCCCUCUUCAAUGCAGGAUAACGUCACCACACUUAGCACAGUUUUGUGUCUUUUUCGUGGAGUUGUCUCCCUUGUUGGAGUCGUAGGCAACUCUCUGACGAUCCGGACAUUUAUCGCUAUGGGACUUAAAGACGGGGUGACUCUGUCGUUCUUGUUCCUCUCUGUCUGUGAUCUAUUGUUUCUUGUGUUAGAAGGCGCAUCUUCGAUCUCAUGCGUCUUUGUCUGUGUUGAACGAGUCAGUAAUUAUACAACUUACUUCCCCGUGGAUCCAUACAGUGUAGAUUUUUAUCUGCUACUGUGUGCAAGCGAGUUCUAUCAUUGCGCCAUGGUCACUAUAAUAUUUCUUGCCAUUGUCCGAUGCCUGAGCGUGGCCUCGCCAUUGUGGUUUAGAAACAAAUUAGGAACUAAAUUAGUCUCCAUCGUUGCUAGUUCGGUGAUUGCCAUAUCUGUUUUUGCAAUUGAAAUUCCAAUUUUCGCCUUCAUGGGGAUUAUACCCCAGUUUGAUAAAAACACAAACACAACCAGAGCAUUAUUUUGGGCAUCGCCUAAGUGGCAUAUAGUGACAGAUGUCAUUUGGACUGUCAUGGGGCUCAUUUUAACCAACUGUGUUCAAAUAAUAUUGCUAAUAUCUGCUAUUGCCAUGAAAAUCGUUCUCACAAAAGCGCUAUCGUUUAGAAAAAAGUGCACGUUAGCCCAUAACGACACAAACACAAGCUACAGUGACGUCACCCACACAGAGAGCAAACUGCAGUUAACCAGCAAGGAAAUCAGGAUAACCCAGCAGUUGUUCGUCCUCUCGCUGACCUACAUCAUCAGCAACACGCCAAGAGCUUGCUUCCAUCCGCCACAACUACUCUUCCCAGAGCUCUCCAUAUUUGGGAAACACGGAAGAUUAUUUGAAGUCAUUGACGUCAUUGUACACACGUGUCAGUGUGUAUUUUGUUGCGGUAAUGUCCUCAUCUAUUUGAGAUUCAACUCCAGAUUUCGUCAAUUGUUUUGGAGAAAUUUUAAUAACAAACAAGCAUAA